AUGGUCACGUGUUGGUCACGCUCCACGUCCAAUUUUUAUGCUCUGAUUGGUUAAAAUUUGACAGGUGAGUUCAUGCGUAAAAUUUAUGCAGCAUCUUGAAAGUUGUUUACUUUGACAGCUGAAGCUGACAGAGUAUUGAGUUAACUUGUGAUGUUUUUAACUGUCUUUUUCCACUGGAUGUAAAAAAUGAAAUACAGCUGCUAUCAAGAGUGUUCUCUUAUUCAUGGCUGGUUUGUUUAUUGGGUUUUUGGUUGAUAAAUGCGUCGCUUGUCAAAGCUGAUAAUCCGAUUUCGGAUGGCAUCGUUUUUGUUUUUCACCUUGCUGGAUGCGUACGAGAAUUAUAAAGGCUCUAGCGAUCCUUGCCUUACUAGAUAGCUUUCAGGAGCUGCAUCUCGAAAUAUGGUAAGCCCGAGUAAUUAUUGUAUUUUUAUCUAAUUUCAUGAAGUCCAGCGGCGCAGUUUAUGAAGCUAGUUUAUGCACGUUUGUAUUAAGAUUUGACUGAGACACUGAUCUGACCUAGUAUGAGGAUUGAUAUAAGCUUAAGCUUACAGAACUUUAAAAAGCCUUUAGUCGAUACUAAUUCACCGUAAAUAGAAAGAAAAAACUUUCCGAAGAAAAUUUAGUUAUAAUUUUGGCUGUAGAAAGAAAGCUUUGAGCGAUUUUCUUGUUGUGAGUUCAUCUUUGAAAACAGCAAACACCGGGAAACCGGCGGCUUAAAACAUAAACUUAAUCUUUAAGCUUACUAGUAAAGACUUGAGGAUUCUUAGAGACACUUAAAUACUCAUUUGUUUUCGUGAACGAAAAUUAUUGUCUCUGUAAAUGUUCUACCGAAUUAUAUUUCUUUAUUGAUUGUUGAUAGUCUCAAAAGUGUAAUUUUCAUCGCUUUGUCGUUUGUUUUCAGGCGUUCAUAGACAUCGCCUGCAGCAGUACUCAAAAUGCCGAGCGUAUCAAACGCUUUUUCAGAUUGCACAUCGUUAUAAAACCAUUAAUAAAAAAUAGACUCAAUAAAUUCUCACGUUGAAGCGUAACUCUUUUAAACUUUCUUCGCAAAUUUGGCGCUUGUCAAAAGUUAGAACCGGCUGGCCGUAUAGGUGAUUUUGGAAAUUUUUUCAACGGUUUCGCUAAUUAAAAGUCCACGCGUGCUUCGAUGGUCCUGAAUAUUGAAUGAACGCAAUUUGUCUUGAAAAAUUGUGAAAUACUGCAUUUUGUACAAAAUCUGUAUGAUAAAAACAGCGCCUCAUAGUACUCUUUCUCCUCAGACGUGGUGUAUAAAAAAAAAAUAGAAGAUUGGUUUGCACGCACCCAGAUUUAUUGGCAAGAAUUUGUAAACUUGUCGAAUGCAAAAAAUUCGGCCUGAUUUGUUUUCCAAGAAUUUGUUUUCCACACGACUGUGUUCAAGAGCCAUUAUUGCUCUUAAAUGUGACCGAAGACUAUUUUUUGGGUGUACAUAUAAGGCUAUAUCAACUCGAUACAAGAUUUGUUUCACUCCAAAAUAACUUAGGUUUUGCCUCAAAAGUCACAUGAAUGUGCUCUUAAGUUAACUGAUUCGUGGAAUACAAAAUUAUUGUUUGAUUUAAGUCAUAAAUUUAUCAAUAGGAGCUUCGCUUUUAGCUGUGGCUAAAUCUAUAUAUUAUUGGAGGUCUGUCUCAUUCAGCUCAUUGCCAAUCAUGGUCAUCUUAUUAUAGGGGUUAUCAAACAGUUUAUAUUGGCCAUAUUUUCUGAUGGAUGGAAGGACUUGUGAUGUUACCCAAUGUUUGAAUUUUUUGGGCAGUUUCCAAUUUUGUGGAUAAUAUGAGGGAGUAAAAACCAGACUAGUUGAUAAAUGUACAUAAACUACCCUGAGGUGUCGUUCUGACGCCCCAGGUCUGACGCUCCGUUUCAGGGCCCCAGGUCUGAGGCCUGCCGUCACAAUUUGUGACACCAGGUUUUGUUAUCGGACCCAUUUUGGGACCCCAAGAAUUAUUUUGUUGAUACCUCGUUUCAGGGCCCCAACACUUUGGACCUACUGUACCCAUUUUGGGCAGGCUGGUAUGAUGUGUGAAUAUUUGCUGUUUAUCGUCGCUAUCAAAAUGAUUCCAUAUGGCUUUUCUUGUAUUGCUAUAGCCAAGUAUGUUUGCAACGUCCAUACCACGGAACUAAAAAUUUUGCUUAUCAUCAAUAUACGAAGUCAGUUUGAUGUUAAGUUCAUAUCUUGAUUGAAAUAUUUCUUUUCCAACAUAUACACCAUUACAUAUAAUAUAUAUUAAUUAACAAUUAAUGAAUGAGGCUGAGUAUCUUAUGAAGAAUUAUGGAGAGCGAGGAGGGUGUUAUCCGUCGAGGCCGUAGGCCGAGGCGGAUAACACCCUCAGAGAUCUCUAUAAUUCUUUAUAUGAUACGAAAGCCGAAUUCAAUAAUUGUUUUAUUAUUCAUUAAUUCAAAAUAAUUCCUAGUUUAAAAACAUGGCUAAAACAUGCUUACCUCUAUCGAUCCAUCGAUGUUAAGGUCAUCUUCGAUAGUGCACGUUUAGGUUUGUCCAGCUAAGCAAAUAUUCUCCAAAUAGCAGAUGUCACCCUUCGAGUUGUCUUCUUGCUGUCUUUGCCAUGUUUUUAGCUAUUUUUUCGCCUACUUCUUACUCUUGAAACGAGUGAAACGACCGCCAUUUUUGUUUCCACAACUAAAACAACUCAACCUCGUCCCCAGGCCUUCUCGGUUAACGGUGCCUUGACCUGCACGAACGCUGCAUUUUUGACGUCAUUUCCUCGUUAAACACAAAAUUCUUCCAUAUUUGGUCAUCAGUAACUGGUUAUGGUGAAUUAAACGUGUGCUUUUAGCUGGUCAGAAUCGGGGAAAUAUUUUAAUCUGUAGUUCAUUGGGUUUGUGGAUUGGCUUUAAUCAACCAGGAAUAUCUCUUCAGUCCAAUUAGGUGUGUAUCCUUUGUCAAAUAUUUGUCUCUUAUACUUACUUAUCCUAACUUUAUCACCAACUUUGAACCUAGGCUUAGAUGACAAUUGCCCCCUAUCACCAUAUAGACUGAAAUACACGGUACUUUCAUUCUUCUUUUUACUAGCUUCUACAGGCGUCAUUUUAAUGGAACUGUGUUUGGUGGGUGUUAUUACACUGGCUCUGUAUUUUUGGUAGUUUGUCAAGAUAUUGGGUAUUACCCUGGACAGUAAAUUCCUUCCACAUCUUGGUUUUAAUUGUACGGUUACAUCUUUCACAAACAGUAGAUUUUUCCUCAUUCUCGGUUGAGUAUAGUGUUAUGCCAUUCUUUUCCAACAGUUCCUUCAUAUGUUUGUUAUAAUAUUCUUUUCCUUUAUCAGUCCAUAGAUAUUGUGGUUUACGGCCCUCUUUGAAGAUGGUUUUGAAUGCUUCUGUGACAGUUUCUCCAUUUUUAUCCUUUAAUGGAACAAUCCAGCCAUAUUUGGAGAACAGAUCUAAUACCAUGAGAAGAUAUCGGUAACCUUUGUUCCAUUUGCUGAACUAUUGCAUUUCAACCAGAUCAGAGCACCAAAUUUUGUCGAUACCGUUUACAAUAACGCGCCGCCGAGUAAAGUUGCGCUUUAUGGGUUUAUGUAAUUCGUCUGCUAAUUGCUGUUGCCAACUUACACCCGACGGCUUUUUUAGUUUAAACCGAAUCCGAGUUUCUGCUUUGCGUCGAUUAGAUUUCUAGCUAACCAGUGGCCCCAUUGUCUUUCACUAUAAGGUACGGAGUCCAAUGAUUUUACCAUUUUUCUAUCAGCCUUAUGUUUGCACUUUUUAUUAUCACCACAAACUGAGUAAUCAACAUCAUGUUGCAUGGCCACGGUAUCUGUUUUUCCUGUAGGUGGAUCAUAAAUUUCUAAUAUCUCACCAGUUUCUGGAUUGUAUCUUACUUGGUUUUCUUAAUCAUUAUACGGACCUGUAUACCGAUGCCCUAUAUUUCUGUAACCUGCUGUUAGUGAGUGAAUCAUCACAUUUUUCCGUCCUUCUCGAGAUACGUGUCAUUAGUGCCAGUCCCAUCCAUUUUACACAGAAUCAGUAUUCUAUUUCGCAAGUCAGCAUUAUCUUAGCGAAUGUAGUCUACUAUUGGACACGCAGUUUCAUUAUGUUCACUUUUCAUCUUUUUUUGUUAUAUUUCAGAGCUCGAGAAUAUGAGGUCAAUGGGAAAUGCGUUUAUGGCCUGUGGAGUGGUUUACUGUAACGACAGCUAUAACUCAAAGUCCACAACCAUCAACUUUGCUUUCGAUACCAAGACUGGGUGUUCAUGGAACUCCAACAUUCAGUUCACCAAUCAGUACGGCUACAACUCCAUGGUGGACUACAACCCAAAGAAAGAGUGUUGUACGCCUGGGACAGCAGGCGUUUGGUAA